UGUGUUUUGUUGGGGCGGCAAUUCGUUUCUUGUUCGGCAUUCCACACUUCGUCGAGCUCGCUGUUGGACGCCGCCCACCGUUAUCAGCCCUGCGUGGCUGUUCUCCGGAAGGAAUUGAAGAAGGUACGAACUUUGUCUCCUCACAAAAUCCGGUAAUACUUCAGCUAAAGGUUUAACUUUAAACCUGUUUAAGUGCUGGAGUGUGACGUGUGAAUUUUUUGGUACCUGACCUGUUUGAUGAAAAUGGAGACCCAAGUUGCAACCUGCUAUUUGACCUUCAUCAAAAAAAUAUCUUGUUUGCACCAUCUUCCAUCUAAUUCAUGUAUGUCACCACUAAAAUUUGACCCCCUCUCUCACAUGUCCCCAACCUUAAGAGCAAACACUUCAUCUAGAUUGCGAUGGAUGCCUAUUCCAAAAUCACGGCAGUCUCUUCAAAUUUGCCUAGCUGGUGGAAGAGGAAUGAUGGAAAAUAACAAUGAGGAUUCUCCAUGGAAGGGAAGGUCAAUAGAGGAGGUACUACAGCAGCUGAUUGAAAAGCAAAAAUAUGACAAUGGGAGCAGUGGGGUAAAGCCUCCAAGAGGGGGUGGCGGCGGCGGCUCUGGUGGAUCAGGGGAGGGAGGCUUUGCCGGGAAGUCUAAUGAGACUCUUCAAGUUGUUUUAGCUACCAUUGGAUUUCUGUUUCUGUAUAUCUAUGUCCUCACUGGCGAGGAACUCACAAAGCUAGCUAGGGACUACCUGAACUAUCUCUAUAGUGGAAGACGAAGUGUACGAUUAAAGCGUGCCAUGUUCAAAUGGGAACGACUCUGCCAGGGCCUGACAAAUAAGGUGGUGGAUAGGCAUUGGUUGGAGAAGGCUAUGCUCAAAAGGAAUUACUUGCUGCCAAAAUCAAAUCAAUAAAUUUUUCUGGACUUUUGUAUCAUCCUGUCUUGAUCUUCCCUAUGUUUCCCCCAUUGAUAAGAAAAGAUAGAAAAAGUGUUUGGCUAAAUCAAUAUGAAUAUAAAGGUUUCUCUUUUUAGGACAUUUGAGAACGUGAGAUUUACGGUUAUGAAUAAUAUCACUUGCAGAUUUUUGCACAACUUCUGUGACCAUGUGUGUUUAGAUGUGUGAUUUUUAAGUGGGAA